CUUCUAAAAAUAUUUAAGAAUUUUAACUUCGUUUUUAGAAAUGAUAUAUUUUAAAGAUGUUUGAUCCGGGAAUCACAUGUUGGUUACGGGGCUUGACUCUCGCGCAGAGUUGGCAGUACAUGAUUGUCAGUUUGCUUACUUUUAACGUUAGCUAACGUUAACUAACGUUGACAAUAUAACGUUACGUAACUUAAAGCUAGAAUUUGAUUGUGGUUUAGCAUAGGACAUUUGCAAACAGAUCAAUGCGAUGCUUGAUCAUAAAACUAUAGAUUAAAUUUGGACUUGAAGCCACGCGUGCUUCUGUUGGUGUAACUUUAUCAAACUGACGCAAUAUCCGGUACCUUCAUAGUGGCGAUCAGGGCCAUAGACUUAUAUUGAAUUAGAAUGAUAUAUGUGUAUGAUCAGGGCUGUCCAUAGGCCGGGUUUUGUCUGCCACCUGUCAAAACUUGCUGUAUGUCAAGCCACUUUAUGCAGGACGGCAUAAAGCGGCCUCAUUUUUAGGGUCCUUGUCUUUUGAAUGGAUUGCUUACCGGCACAUUUACACAAAACAGAGCCCUCAGAUGUAUUGCCCGGCUCCUUUCCUACAGCAUGCCCUGUGAGGUGAAGCCUCGGUUCGUGCUUCUCUACGGAUCCCAGAAGGGUCAAGCUGAGUCCCUAGCUGAAGGCAUAGCGGAGGUGGCGGAGGAGCACGGACUGGCCGCUGAGCUCAGUUGCUUGAACCACAACGAGAAGUACAAUUUGGAGACGGAGAACGCCCCAGUGGUCUUUAUUGUGUCUACUACUGGAGAUGGGGAGCCACCAGACAAUGCCCUCCAAUUUGUAAAGCGCAUCAAGGAGAAGACCCUCUCCCCUGACCACUAUAAACACCUUUGCUAUGCGCUCUUAGCUUUGGGAGACACAAAUUAUGCAAACUUCUGCAACUGCGGGAAGACAAUUGAGCGUCGGCUGCAGGAACUUGGUGCAAAACAAUUCUAUGCGACGGGCUAUGCAGAUGAUGGUACAGGGCUAGAGGUGGUUGUGGAACCAUGGAUUGAGGGACUCUGGAAGGCCAUCAAAGGAGCCUUAUCAAAAAUGGCUUCCAAUAAGGCCGCUUUUGUGAAAGGACUAGCAGCGGAUUCACCGAGGGGAGCUCCCGAUUCAACCAUGCCGGAUGUCCAACUGAACCUCUUGAGAAUAACUGACCAGCAGAGCCGCGAGUCGAUCAAAGCACCCGUCUCCAAAUCUGCAGCCGCUGCUUCACCUCCAGCUCCUGGCACACAUGCUGCCGUUUCUGAUCUCAGGCCAGCGGUUCCCACAGGGAGCUCUGUGUUGGCGUCGCGGUCUCCAGGUGCUUCCGCCGUGUCCGCAUCCGCACCGGAGACACCGGGCACAGACGACGGACGUCCCCGCGUUUCACCGCCGGCCUCGCUGACGCGCUCCCUUCCGCCGCUGUCCGAGUCGUCUCUCAACCUCCCCGCCCUGCCUCCUCCCUACCUCGACGUCUCACUCCAGGAGGCGGACCCAGCGGGAGAGGCGGUCGGACCGUCCAACGUGGAGGCUCUCUCUGCGGCUCCUGUCUGCAGAGCAGUUCAGCUGACCACAGGAGAUUCAGUCAAGACCGCCCUCCUCGUAGAGCUGGACGUCUCUGCUCACCCGAUGGUGACCUAUCAUCCAGGGGAUUCGUUUGAUGUGUUCUGCCCAAACCGAGCCGCCGAGGUGGAGGAGGCGCUCCACCGAUUGGGCCUUAGUGACCAGAGGAACCACCGAGUACACGUUUCUCUGCUUAAAGACACCAAGAAAAAAGGUGCACAGGUGCCAUCCUACAUGUCCCAGAACAUUUCUCUGCUGUACCUGCUCACAUGGUGUCUAGAGAUCAGAAGUGUGCCAAAGAAGGCCCUUCUCCGAGCGCUGGUGGAGCACACGGGUCACAGCGGGCAGAGGAGGCGACUGCAGGAGCUCUGCAGCAGACAAGGCAGCGCCGACUACAACCUGUACGUGAGGGACUGCGGCCUCAGCGUCCCGGAGCUCCUCGCCGCCUUCCCGACCUGCUCGCCGCCGCUCAGCCUUCUCCUAGAGCAUUUGCCGAAACUGCAGCCGAGGCCUUAUUCAGCAGCCAGCUCCUGUCUCCGGCACCCGGGAAAGCUGCGGUUUGUCUUCAGCGUGGUAGAAUUCCCAGCAUGCUCUUGGCGGCCUGCGGGGAGGCGGGGCCUGUGCACCGGUUGGCUGUUUGACCUCAUCAAUCCCGUCCUGCUUUCCCCCGGGGAGGAUGAGUCCUCCGUCAGCCCGGCUCCGCCAAAGAUCCAUGUGAGUUUGAGACCCAACCGCUCCUUUCGGCCUCCCUCGGAGCCGUCGGCGCCCUUCAUCAUGGUCGGCCCGGGGACAGGAGUCGCCCCCUUCAUCGGCUUCCUCCAGCAGAGAGAGCAGCAGAGGAAGGACGACGCCGAGGCCGUAUUUGGCGAGACGUGGCUCUUCUUUGGCUGUCGCCAUAGAGACGGAGACUUCCUUUUCAGGGAGGAGCUGGAAGGCUUUGUGUCCAGCGGUACGCUGAGCCAACUGAAGGUGUGUUUCUCCAGAGAUGACCACGAGGAGGAGGAGGCCGGCGCCUCGUCAGCGCGACCCAGAUACGUGCAGCACAACCUGCUGCUCGCCAGCCGGCCCGUCACCGACAUCCUGCUCCGACGCGGCGGUUACCUCUACGUCUGCGGAGAUGCUAAGAACAUGGCUAAAGACGUGAACAACGCUCUGAUGGAGAUGAUCCAGACGGAGCUGCAGGUGGACCAACUGGAGGCCAUGAAGACGCUGGCGGCGCUGCGAGAGGAGAAGCGCUACUUGCAGGACAUCUGGGGCUGAUGGCAGACGUCUGGAUCAGAGCAUUUUGGAGCAUCCACGAGGAAGUUAAUAAUCAGCACGCUCCGCUGUUGCCUCUCAAACAGUAACAUUGUGAAAUGCGGAGGCCAGGAGGUAGUUUACACCACCCGACGCUGGAAUUGAGCAUGCUGACGCUUUGCUGUUUUACACGGGAAUAAGCUUGGUCAGAGCAGAAGGGCUGGAGAGGUUAGUGCAGACAAACCUCUGCGGUUAGUCCCGUCUGAGGGGUAUGGGGUACUUUUUUAAAUCUUGCUUUUGGAGGUAAUGAAGACACAUUUUUAAUACAUGCAACCCUAAAAAGAAAGUUGCAUCUUUUCGAGUCCUCGGAGAUGAGAACGGUUGUUCAAUUUUGAGCCCGCAGGGAGGGAUUCGCAGCAGCAACGCGCAUCUCCGACCCGAGCAAUUUGUUUAACCGACUUUGUUUGUGCUUUUUUUGGCCACCGCAUACUGAGCAGGCUGCCAGCAUCGAGAGCAGUGACUUUUUCUACUUUUUCUAAGUCCUGCAAACCCGACUGAAAUCUCCCAAACUGUGGUUAAAACCAACGCAGCUGCGCCUGGUGUGAUCACGAAUUAAAAGACCGUUUGGAGUAAA